AUGCCCAGCCCUCUCAAGACCCCACCGCCCAGCGCGCAGACUACCACCACCACCACCACCACCACCACCACCAGCACCACCGCCGCCGCCUCCGCCGCCGCCACAACAACCAUCACUGAAUUCGAAGCUGACGCCCCCCACCCACCUUGCUUACGCUGUCUCAGUACACUCACCUCACGCAUCAGCCCGGUCAGUCGGCUGCGAAGCCUUUUAUACAGUGGCAAGCGAACAAAUGCCCUGAACGCCAACAUACAUCGGACGCACUCUCCUCAACUGUCCUCGCACAUUCGGACACCGCAUGGAUCAAGUAGGCCACAUGCGCAUCUUGGAAAACCUGCGGUGGACAACCGCCGGCUAUACUACACACUCAGAUCUUUUCAUACCCGCACCUGCCACACACAUCAACAUCACUCAUCACCAGACAAAGCAAGCACGCAAUUGAUUCCCCUCAUGUAAGCGGAAAGUGUGCUUCUCGGCACCUUCCUCGUUUGGCUCCUCUGCAGCAUUUGUGACCCGAACAUGAGACUCUCACGGUCCGCCAAGCACCGUGGCUUAUAAGGUUGUGGACUGAUGCAUCAGAUCAGUCCACAUAACUAGCCUGCUUGCGCGUGUUUGUGUGGAGUGGCGGACUGGUGGACUGAGAGUCAGGCUACCAUGCUCCCUUCUUGACGUGACGUAACCUCUGGCACUCUCAAGCAUGUCAGGUGCAUGCCGCCCACUCCAUGAUGUAUAACAUCCUCAUGUUCGUGCCUUGGGGUCUAGGCCGUGCAUGUGGCGCAUGUAUACGGAGUCACUAGGUUUGCCAACCACUACGCCCACUCGCCGCACCAGAUAACGGGCCGGACUGAUUGGUGGCUGGGGCCUGGGAAAGGGAACAGCGAGUGGGACCGACGACUCAGCGCACUUUCCUUACUGCAAAAGAUCUGACGCCCUCGAAGUUAUCACGGUGGCUAAAAGGCGUAGCUUGGAAGGCUGCCAGCUGAAGGGUUAAUUUAGACCUCGCAGUCGGCCCCGUGUUUUUUUGCUUGAAGCGGCCGACUGAUGCCCUGAGAGAGUUGCCUUUAUAACACUUUCAGCUGAUGGGCUUCGAGAUGGAUGUGGCGGCACGCCUAGGGACGGUUAUAGCAGCGCCAGCCAUUUAG